AUGUUCCGUCGAUGCUGCGUCAUCCCUCAUUUCAUCGCCAGUUCUCGUCGUAGCGCCCAAGUUCAGUCCUCAACUCGCGCCUUCGCCAUGACGACCGACACUUGUGACGCCAGUCAACCACAGAACGUUGCGACAUUUGCUGCUGGCUGUUUCUGGAGUGUCCAACUGGCGUUCGACCGCAUUCCUGGUGUGCUGGAGACUUCGGUUGGGUACACGCAGGGUACCGUGGAUCACCCCACGUAUACCCAGGUGUGCUCAGGAGAGACGAAGCACGCUGAAGCCGUUAAGAUCGUGUUUGACGACAGCAAGUUGUCGUACGACGCGCUGCUGUCGAAGUUCUGGUCCAUUCACGACCCCACGUCGCUGAAUCGCCAGAAAAACGACCAAGGUACGCAGUACCGUUCGGGCAUUUAUUACCAUACUGAGGAGCAGCGAAAAGCUGCUUCGGCCUCGAGAGAAGAGCACCAAAAGACGCUGUCGAAGCCUAUCGUGACGGAGAUUGAAGCGGCCAAGCCUUUUUGGGCGGCCGAGGAUUACCACCAAAAGUAUCUGGAAAAAGGAGGUCAAUGUGCCGACAAGGGGUGCGACGUCCCCAUUCGUUGUUACGGGUAA